CCUCAAAGAAUUCUGGGCAAUGUAGUUUUCCCUUCACAGAGUUACUCUUCCCAACAACCCUGCACAAGCCACAGGGCCCAGGAUUCUCUAUGGGGACAGUGCGGACGCCCCGCUUCUACUCAUUGGCUCACCCCACAACUCCUUCCCGUUUGUAUUCCCGACAGGAGAAAGCCCCUUAUCCGAGGCUCCGCAUCCCUCGGGAUGAAAGCCCGCUCUGGCCUGGGAAAGGGCAGGUCGCGGCCGGUGGUUUAUGUGAACAGUUUCGGCAGCCACCGCUGCGGCAACGUGAUUCGUUAUGGCGGCGGCAGCCACCUGAGGUACCCGGAGGCCUCCUGCCUCUCGGGCGCGUCUCCCGCUGCCGCGCUCUCGGGCAAAAGAGGCUCUCGGGGUGCAGCCGGUCUUCCCUCCGGGGAACGAGGGAGCCCCUACUUCGGGCUUAAAGCCCCUGGCGAGGCGAGAGCGAAAGGCGUCAGGAGAGGCGGGGAGGAAGGAGGAGAGACGACGAGGCCCAGAGCCAAGAGGCUGGUGGGGGUCAAGCCACCGCCGUCGCCACGCGAAGGGCGGAGCAGCAAGGCGGCGGCGGCUGCGGCUGCCAACUCCACAGGCUCUGACGGCGAGGAAGAAGCGGGUGGCUGCAAGGAAACUCAAGGAGAUGCGUUUGAAUUUCCUCCAUCUCGGGAAGUUGAUAACCAUGAGAUCAGGCAUCAAAAGAAAAAGUCCACAGUCUGGCUUGGAGUGUGUAAAGUAAUUUCUAAAAUGAUAGAAGAAAAUGGACACUUUAGAAGCAGAUUGCUGUCCUGUAGCGAACUUCCAAGUGAAGGCAGAGAUGUAAAUGGGAAUGUACAAAAUGAGACUUCCUGCAUUGACACUGAUGAAGCAAUUUUUGGAUGGGUGUAGGAAACAAAGCAACAAGGAAAUGAAGAUUGAGUGCAGGUUUUGCAUUUUAGCUGUUUUCCAGUAAUCCUAAGAAACAGAUUCUUGGCGUCAGAAGUACUGGAAUGCAAAUACUAUACAUGUUAUGUGGAAGAAUUUAUGUGUUUUUCAUGUAACAGGUUAAUUGUAAUCUAAGUUUGAUUUUGUUUAAAUGUGAUUAAGCAAAUUAGCUUUGCACUUGGGUUUAGGUGCUCAUAAAGGAAUACAAUGCUGUAUGAUUACAAUACAAUACAAUAUUUUUAUGUUGAUUUUAU